AUGUCAAUCACAGAGAACCCAACCGACACUGUAGUCGACGAUCUUGAAAGGCACGUCAAGAUCUUCCUAUCCUGCAGUCAAUUUUUUGACGCAUCAAGACAGCAGAAAUCGGGAGAGAACGGAAAGGACCGGAUCCCAAAGUGGAGAACAACCUUCAACUAUCUAGGUCUACUGAACUAUCCGGAUCUUGUGAGAGAACACGGUCCGGUUUGGCCUCUUUCAGAACUACAUUUCAAGGGUGAGGCUUCGAUUCAGCUCCUGAAGAAGAGAUUUUCCUUGGGAACCCAUGGAGAGAACUGGGCCUAUAAUGUGACAAAUGCGUACUACAAGGAUAAAUCGUACAGGAAUGUCUUGAGAGACGCAAAACGAUCUUACCUUUCAAGCAUGGAUGAGGAAUUGUCGUCUUCUGAACCGGCAACAUUGAAGAUUCUCCAGGCUAUAGACCACGAGAUCAAAGAGGGCACCACAAAGGGCGGCAAAACAAGGAUUGAAGAUGAGAUGAUUCGUAACACAAACUCAAACUUUGUAAGAUACAAGGAUAUUGAGACAGCACACAGACACUUGUCCACGAGAAACAAUCUUAUCACAGGUAUUGUUGUGGAGAA